GAGGUGUGUAAUAUCGACUUUCCAUAUGAGGUGUGACCCUUAUCUAACUACACUGUGGACCGGGAUGAUUCACACAUGGUAGAAACCAAAUGGCUUCGGCUUUUAUAUAGCCCCUGGCGGGGAAGGCAGUACACGCCAAGCAACACCCUCCACUGCCAACAAAUUAUAACCGUCAGCAUGGACCAACUCCAUCGCUUCCCUCCGACACUUGUCGCCGGCGGCGCUUCUUUUCUUUGGCAGCAGCCUCAGGUAUCUCCUCCGCCCUCCUCUCCUUUCUUCCCACCUCUCAAAAACUUGAUGUGUCAGAAUGCAUCGCAGGAAACGGGCGGAACCACGGCAGCAGACGAGCUGAAGCAGGCGCUCCUCCGGACGUCCCUGGAGCUGGAGUCCACCCGCGUCACCGCCCAGGAGGAGCUCCGGAGGAUGGAGUCCCAGGCCCUCCACCUCUCCCGCCUGCUCGAGGUCGCCACCCGGGAGCGCGACGAGGCCCGCCACGCCCUCCUCCUUCUCUUCCUCCACCACGGCGACCACCCCCACCUUCCCUCCCACCCCGAGCCCAACCUCGACCCCAACACCAACCCCGCCCACUCCCUUGCCUUCGACGACGGGAGCGACGUUGCGGCGGCUGCCGCCGCAGAGGACGUGGGCGAGAGCAGCAACGGGGCGUCGCCGCCGGCGCUGACGGCGUUGGCCGAGGUCGAGGCGGCGGCCGCGAUGAGGGGCCUGCCGGAGAAAGGGCGGCUGGUGAAGGCGGUGAUGGGGGCGGGGCCGCUGUUGCAGACGCUGCUGCUGGCGGGGCCGCUCCCACAGUGGCGUCACCCGCCGCCGGACCUCCGCAGUUCCGAGAUCCCCCCUGUGGCCAUCAGCCUGAACCCAAACCCAAAGAACGAGAAGGAUGGAGAGGGGUCCCUGUCGCCGUUGCCGGCCUCCCUUCGGAACUCCUCCUCCUCGUCUUCUUCACUGGAGAGUGGCAGCAACUGUAAUUUCGGAAGCGAGUUACAAAACGCUACGUUUUCUUUGAAAUCCGUGUGACCAGCUUCCCUCCCUCCCCCCUCCCAAAUCCUCCUUUUCCUUCUCUCUUCUGCUUUUUUGUUUGGGUGAUGAGUGCUGCCAUGUUUUCUUAUUCCGAUUAACUGUGUACGUAGCAAAUGGGAAAAGGGAAAAGAAAACAUUGCCACUCAGUAUGAACAGCAA